GAAUCCGAUGCGGAACCACAGGCGGAUCAAAUGAGAGAAAGUUUCGCGGAUACGAUGUUAAAAUUGUGGAAGUACGGGUGGUACUGGGGACCGAUAAAUUGGCAGCAGGCCGAAGACUUGUUGAAACCACGACCGGCCGGUUCGUUUCUGUUGAGAGAUUCGCAAAACAAGCGAUACAUAUUUUCGCUGAGUUACCGAUCGGCUGACAGUGUGCAUCAUAUUCAUGUCAGGAUAUACAAUGGUAAUCCUCACAGUUUUGCUGUUCUCACGCAUACCAUUGUUUUUCGAGGCGAAAUCAGUGUUUCGCAGGGAUAA